CUGAUUUUUAACCUUUGCGUUAUAUAACCUAAUAUGGCCGAACAACAUAGAAAACGUUAUGAGUCGAAAUCAAAAGGACCAUCAUAUCCUAUACCUCCUUUUUCAAAUUCUAUUCCUAUUCUAAAAAAGAAAGCUAAAAUAGUUGAAAGAUCUUUACCAAAUAAAAUAAGAGAAUUGGUGCCAGAAUCUCAAGCUUAUCUUGAUUUAUUAUCUUUUGAAAAGAAAUUAGACACCACUAUUAUGAGAAAAAGGUUAGAUAUACAAGAAGCAUUAAAAAGACCAAUGAAAACUAAAAGAAAACUUAGAAUUUUUAUAUCUCACACAUGUUUUCCAGGUUCGGCAUUUCAAGAUAGUAAUUCUAAUACAGAAAAUAGGGUUCCACCAUGUUGGGAAUUGCGAGUCGAAGGCAAACUUUUAUCUUCUAAUCAACUGACUGAUAACAAUGACUCUCUCAAUACACCAAUGGGUGCACCUUCAAAUCCAAAUUUGAAUCUUAUUACUAAUCCUAUUAACAAAAAAUUCUCUUCCUUUUUUAAGAGUCUUGUUAUAGAAUUGGAUAAAAAUUUAUAUGGUCCAGAUAAUCAUUUGGUAGAAUGGCAUAGAACAGCUCACACUCAAGAAACAGAUGGGUUUCAAGUUAAAAGACUUGGUGGAAUAUCUGUUACAAAGGCCCCACCUAUCACUAUGCCUGGAAAUGGGGAAGUUCCAGCAAGAAGUGAAAAUAUCAUAGUAGUUGAACCCAUCAAAUGCACCUUGCUCUUGAUGUUGGAUUAUCAACCUCCGCAAUUUAAACUCGAUCCCAGAUUGGGCAGACUAUUAGCUAUACACACUCAGACGAGACCCGUCAUUAUAACAUCCCUGUGGCAAUACAUCAAAACCCACAAGCUGCAAGAUAGCCACGAAAGAGAAUACAUUAAUUGCGAUUCCUAUCUUAGCCAAAUAUUCGAAUGUCAAAGACUCAAAUUCGCGGAGAUACCUCAAAAGUUGAACUCUUUGCUCUUUCCCCCGGACCCUAUCAUAAUUCAUCACACUAUCAAGUGGGACAUGAGUUCCGUUCCUGCUGGCACUAAUGUCAAUCCAGCGGCCAUUGCCACGGGUGGCGAAAAAAGAAAUACCUCGUGUUACGAUGUCGAAGUGGAAAUUGAUGAUAAUUUGAAAGGGCAAAUGGGAAACUUUCUUAUGUCAACGACUAGCCAACUUGAGAUUAUGCAGUUAGAUCACAAGAUUCAGGAAACUAUAGAGACAAUAAAUACCCUCAAGAUUAACAGAGAGUUCUUCAACCGAUUCGCUUCCGAACCCCAAACAUUUAUUGACGAUUGGCUCAGAUCUCAAUGCGAGGAUCUAAAAACCAUAACUGAUUCCGUUGGUAACCCAGAGAGCGAAAGAUUGGCCUCGUAUUACACCCAACCUUGGGUACAAGAAGCCGUCGGCAGAUACUUUUUUAACAAAGUUCAACAGAGGAGAUUCGAAUUGGAACAAGCUUUGGGACUAAAGAAUUGAAAUAGAAAUAUUUAAGAAAUGAGACUAUAAUAGAAAUAACAAUUUUAGAAAUUAAUAUCUUUCAGUAAAAUUCAAAAAUUGUAUUAAUCUUAAUUUCAUUUUUUUUAAAUAUUCCUUUAUUUAUAUUUAUUACAUCUUCUCAUACAAAGGUGUAUUAAUUUUUUUUUG